GUACUACUACUAGUGUUAAUGAAACAUGUGAUAACAAUCCCCUAGCCCAGGUUGGCCGAAGUCUUCAUUGCAAUACGACUAACCGUAACGUAGGGAGGAAAGGGAGUCCACCAGGGCUAAACAAUCCCCUUGCUUUGUAAUAAGUUGUAUUUACUAUUAUUAAUAUUAUGAUGCUGAAGCCAAAAGCAUUGACCGAGGUCCUAAGACAGGCAAAUACAGGAGGAAUCCAAAGUUCUCUACUGCUGAACAGGGAAGGAUCCCUUCUUGCUUAUUCUGGGUAUGGUGAUAAAGAUGCAAGAGUAACAGCAGCAAUAGCAAGCAACAUCUGGGCUGCAUAUGAAAAGAAUGGCAGAAUAGCAUUCCAUGAAGAUGACUUGGACCUGGUCUUGAUGGAUUGCAUGGAUGGAAGAGUUGCCAUAAGCAAGGUAGCUAACCUUCUUCUGUGUAUCUAUGCCAAGGAGGAGGUUGGUUUUGGUCUUCUUAAAGCAAAGAUAACAGCACUGACAGACUACCUGCAAGAUCCUCUUGUACAAGUAGCAGUUUCUUGACAAUGGCCAACUGUACGAAUUUCAACAGUAUGUCCUUGAUCAGUGGUACAUUUACAUGUAUAUCUGUAUUUAAUUAUAGGCUAUAUUUGCCAUUUCUUCCACAUGUAUAAUAUGAUGCUAUUACUAGUAUUCUUGCAAGAUUUAGCAAAUCAUGACUGAUGCACUUGUUGAAGGAGAGUUGCAUUCUGAGCUACAUGUAUUAUACAAAUACAUGUACAACAUGGUUAAUACAGGUUUUCCUUGCUACUUUAUCAGUAGCGUAUCCAGCUUACGAUGUCAGGGGGGCAACUGCACAUCCCCGCUGAAAUGUAGACAUGUUUUUUCUCCGGACACUUGGCCUCCAUAAAAUCCAAAAAAAAAGGGGGGGGGGCUUGUAUCCAAC